AUGGAUACCUUCUCGGCCAAAAUUGAACGCAACGAGGCUGUUAGCUUUCUUCUGUGUCUUGGAGGUAGAUCUGCUACGAAGAUCUUGAGAUCACAGCAAAGCUGGCGGCCACACUUGCUUGGAGGUUCACUGCUGCCAAUGGCAGCAGUCUUGCCAGAAAGAAAUGGGGAUGCUAAACCUCAUGAUAUGGAGCCUCCAACUCCACAUUCAAUCAUGAAAACAUCUUCAAGAGAUCGUAGUAGCAUGGAGGAUCCAGAUGGGACGUUAGCAAGUGUUGCUCAAUGCAUUGAGCAGUUACGGCAGAAUUCGUCAUCCAUGCAAGAGAAAGAACAUUCGCUUAAGCAAUUGUUGGAGCUUAUUGAUACACGAGAAAAUGCAUUUAGUGCUGUUGGCUCACAUUCUCAAGCUGUUCCAGUACUUGUUUCUUUACUUCGUUCUGGCUCACUUGGGGUAAAGAUGCAGGCAGCUACAGUUUUGGGUUCUCUGUGUAAAGAGAAUGAACUGCGAGUGAAAGUACUAUUAGGUGGUUGCAUACCGCCGCUCCUUGGUCUUCUCAAGUCAAGUUCAGCAGAAAGUCAAAUUGCAGCAGCAAAAACCAUAUAUGCUGUGUCUCAAGGUGGUGCAAAGGAUCAUGUUGGCUCAAAAAUAUUUUCAACUGAAGGAGUUGUGCCAGUAUUAUGGGAGCAAUUAAAAAAGGGACUAAAAGCUGGAAACAUAGUUGACGACUUGCUAACAGGAGCUUUAAAAAACCUUUCAACGAGCACUGAGGGAUUCUGGUCUGCAACAGUACAAGCUGGAGGAGUGGAUAUACUUGUUAAACUACUGAAUAAUGGACAGCCAAGUACUCAGGCAAAUGUCUGCUUUCUCCUUGCUUGUAUGAUGUUGGAGGAUUCUUCUGUUUGCUCGAGAGUCUUAGCUGCGGAGGCCACCAAACAACUUCUUAAACUACUUGGAUCUGGCAAUGAAGCCCCAGUUAGAGCAGAAGCUGCAGGUGCUCUUAAAUCUCUUUCUGGCCAAAGCAAAGAAUCCAGGAAGGAAAUAGCAAAUUCCAAUGGUAUUCCUGCUCUGAUAAAUGCUACCAUAGCUCCUUCAAAGGAAUUCAUGCAGGGUGAAUACGCCCAAGCUUUGCAGGAGAAUGCGAUGUGUGCCCUUGCAAAUAUUUCUGGUGGCUUGUCAUAUGUCAUUUCAAGUCUUGGUCAAAGCCUUGAAUCUUGCACCUCACCUGCACAAGUAGCUGAUACAUUGGGAGCUUUAGCUUCGGCUCUCAUGAUAUAUGAUAGCAAAGCAGAAAAUUCAAGAGCAUCAGACCCUUUGGAGGUGGAAGAAACAUUGGUUAAGCAAUUUAAGGCCCGCUUACCCUUUCUAGUGCAGGAGCGUACUAUUGAAGCACUUGCCAGUUUGUACGGGAAUGCUGUACUGUCUAGCAAACUUGCGAAUUCUGAUGCAAAACGUUUAUUGGUUGGUUUGAUCACAAUGGCCACGAAUGAAGUUCAGGAUGAGUUGAUAAGGUCUCUUCUCUUUCUAUGUAAAAAUGAAGGUAGCUUAUGGCAUGCACUACAAGGUCGUGAGGGAAUUCAGCUGUUAAUCUCGCUUCUUGGGCUCUCAUCAGAGCAGCAACAGGAAUGUGCUGUUGCUCUUCUUUGUCUUUUAUCCAAUGAGAAUGAUGAAAGUAAGUGGGCCAUUACAGCAGCUGGUGGCAUACCUCCACUUGUUCAAAUUCUGGAAACUGGGUCUGCCAAAGCUAAAGAAGAUGCGGCAACUAUCCUUGGAAACCUCUGUAAUCACAGUGAAGAUAUCCGUGCGUGUGUUGAAAGUGCUGAUGCUGUUCCUGCUUUAUUGUGGCUUCUGAAGAAUGGUAGCUCCAACGGGAAGGAGAUUGCUGCAAAGACACUGAACCAUUUGAUUCACAAAUCAGAUACUGCAACUAUUAGUCAACUCACUGCACUAUUGACUAGUGAUCUUCCAGAGUCUAAGAUUUAUGUCUUAGAUGCAUUAAAAAGUUUGCUCUCUGUGGCCCCUCUGAGCGAUAUGUUGCGUGAAGGUAGUGCAGCAAAUGAUGCAGUUGAGACGAUGAUAAAGAUAUUAAGCUCCACCAAGGAAGAGACUCAGGCCAAGUCUGCUUCAGCUCUUGCUGGAAUUUUCCAUCUCAGGAAGGACUUGCGAGAAAGUAGCCUUGCUGUCAAAACUUUGUGGUCACUUGUGAAGCUUCUGAAUGCUGAACCUGAAACCAUCUUAGUGGAUGCGUCCCGCUGCCUUGCUGCAAUAUUUCUCUCUAUUAGAGAAAGCCGUGACAUUGCAGCAAUUGCUAGAGAUGCAUUGCCUUCGUUAAUGGUGCUUGCAAAGUCCUCAGUUUUACAAGUUGCAGAGCAAGCAGUAUGUGCUUUGUCCAAUCUUCUUUUGGAUCCCGAGGUGUCUGAGAAAGCAAUUCCUGAAGAGAUUAUCUUGCCUGCUACUAGAGUUCUUCGUGAAGGCACAACUGGUGGAAGUACCCAUGCUGCUGCAGCAAUUGCUCGUCUUCUUCAAUUUAGUCAGGUUAAUCCUGCCUUAACUGAUUGUGUUAACCGUUGUGGAACAGUUCUUGCAUUAGUUUCUUUCCUAGAAUCAACUGGCAGUGACUCUCUUGCUAUAUCAGAAGCUUUAGAUGCACUUUGUUUCCUUUUAAGGCUGGAAGGAGCUAGUGGUAUCAAACCUGCAUGGGCAGUUCUAGCUGAAUACCCUAAUAACAUAAUUCCAGUAGUUUCAUGCAUUGCUGAUGCCUCACCAGUUUUGCAAGACAAAGCUAUUGAGAUAUUGUCAAGACUCUGCCAAGCUCAGCCCACUGUUCUUGGCGAUGCUAUUGCUUGUGCCUUUGGAUGCAUUUCUUCAGUUGCAAGAAGGGUAAUCUGUUCCUCCAAUGCUUUGGUUAAAAUAGGAGGAAGUGCACUUCUUGUUUGCGCUGCAAAAGUGAAUCAUCAGAGAGUGGUGGAAGAUUUAAACGAAUCAAAGUCUUGUGUUCCACUCAUUCAAUCUUUUGUUGGGAUGCUAAAUGCUUCAGAGUCUCUACAUUUGGAGGACCAGGGGGGUAAGAUUGCAAUUAGCAUCUCCAGGGAUGCUGAAGAAGAAUCAAGAAAGGAUGAGACGGAGAAAAGUACUUCAGUUGUUUCCGGGGUCAAUAUAGCUAUAUGGCUACUUUCAGCUCUUGCCAGUCGUGAUGACCAAAGUAAAGUUGAGAUUAUGGAGGCUGGUGCGAUUGAAGUUCUUACAGAGAGAAUCACUCAAUCUUUUACUCAGUUUACACAGAUUGAUUUCAAGGAGGACAGUAGCAUAUGGAUUUGUGGAUUGCUUUUGGCUAUAUUAUUUCAAGAUAGAGACAUCAUACGAGCACAUGGAACGAUGAAAGCCAUACCUGUGCUAGCUAAUUUGCUGAAAUCAGAAGAGUCAGCAAACAGGUAUUUUGCCGCACAAGCCGUAGCCAGCCUUGUCUGUAAUGGUAGCAGGGGAACUCUGUUGUCUGUUGCAAAUUCAGGUGCACCAUCAGGACUCAUAACAUUGCUUGGUUGUGCUGAUGAGGAUAUAAAGGACCUU